AUGAAAACUAUCUUCCUUGUUCUCUUUUCUUUGCUUUUAAUCUUGUUCGUAUCGUGCAUUGAUGCUCAAUCUUGCAACCCGAGUGGAAAGUUGAGAGGUAAAAAACCACCUCAUGGCAAAUGUGUAAAUGAUCCAGACUGUUGUCAACCAGGCAAGUUAUACGAUACGUACACAUGUUCUCCUCCUGUUACUAAACAGACAAAGGCAAUAAUGACCAUAAACAACUUUGAGAAGGGAGGGGACGGGGGCGGGCCAUCUGAAUGUGACAACAAGUACCACUCAAACGAGACACCAAUUGUUGCAUUGUCUACUGGGUGGUACAAUAAAGGGAGAAGGUGCUUCAACUAUGUUAAUAUACACUACAAGGGCAAGAGUGUCAAAGCUAAAGUGGUUGAUGAGUGUGACACGACCAUGGGAUGUGAUGAUGUGCAUGGUUACCAGCCACCGUGUCGCAAUAACAUUGUGGACGGGUCUAAAGCUGUCUGGGAGGCCCUAGGGGUGCCUAAGAGUGAUUGGGGUGAAGCGGAUAUUACUUGGUCAGAUGCAUAGUCAUGCUUGAAAUUUGAAACCAUUUCAAUAAAUGAAGUAGUUCGAGAGGGUCACUACGAUGAAUAAACGUAACCCUUACAACAAUAAGAAAAUAACGAACUAUUCUGUACUAGUAUUUCCUUCAUCGAAGGGAAUUCCAUUAUACGGUUCAAACUACUUGUAUUUUGUUUCUAUCUUAUUCGAGUUAAAUUGAAUCUUAUAAUCCUUAACAUGA